AUGGCGUCCACACCCGACGCUGGUCUCUCACACGAUGAGCGCUGGACCGCGCAUCGAGCUGACCGCGAAUCUGAAUCCGUUCAACCACCCAGUGAAGCAUCCACACCUGCUCCCACUACUCCGGCUACACCACCAACAGAAUACCUCACAUCCUCACAGGAGUUUGCGCGGCCAAAAUCCUCCACAUUGCCCUCAAACGGACUCGGUAUCGAUGCAGAAGAUGAAGACGUGCGCAUUGCUAUCAUGGCGUUGGGUGCCAUGAAGAGUCUCGACGAUUCAAGCAACCCUUUCAACGAUGCUAGUGCCAGUGCCAGUAGUAGCGCCGUGUCAUUGGACUCGCAGAAGCCAAGCAGCAAAACACCAACACGGACCUCGUCGGCGAUAUCCAACUCAAGUCUUACUUCCACCGCAAUCUCCUCCCCAAACUCGACCCCGACCACGGACCUAACGCAGGACUCCGGCGCCGAAUCUCCUGCUGGCCGCAUGUCUGGCCCCGCGCGCCUCGGCGAUCUUCCCCCAGAUCUCAAGCUUCCCGCUGUCAUCCAGGAUGAGGACGGCAACGAGCUCGAGGUCGAUCCAGAAAUGAUGAACGACGCCGACUUUUUGCAGCGCGUCAGCCAUCUCCCCCUCGUACGCGGCACGCUGCGCGCCUACGAACUCGGCAAGCAGCGCAGUAAGGUCGUCAAGUACGGUGCUGGUCUCGUUGAGAGCUCGGUCAAGUCCAUCUCAAGACCCGUCGUGAGCCGUCUUGGCGCCAGUCUCGGCGAGCGUGGCGUAGAGCAGCUGGACGAUUUCGCCUGCCGACAGCUCGAUCGCAUCUAUCCCUCUGCCGUCUCCUCUCCCACCAAAGAAGAGAAGCGUGGUAUCCUCGACGAGGUCGACCGCAAAGAUAAGGAGGAGUGGCAGAACAUGAGCCCCGAGGAGCGCGAGAAACGCAGAAACGCCUACACGGCUCUGCAGCUCGAAGAGCGCGAACGCAAUCUCAUGGUCAACGAGCUUCGGCAACGUCGCGGCAAGGGCGCCAACCUCGAGAUCGAGACCGCCGGCUCCCCGCAAGGCUCCGCUACCGCGUCAGACAGGAGUAGCAACACGCCCGUGGACGAAUCCAAAGCACAGGCCGACGCCUCAAUGCAAGACGUCGACGAUGACAAGAAAGCCAAAGCGGACGCAAACAGCGCAGUCGUGCGAAGGAACGCAGCUCAGACGUUGCCAUUAAAGAACAGCCGAUGGGGUUCGAUGCUGGUCGAAGCGGGUGCCACCGCGGGUGGUCUUUCGGCCGCCAUGAGCGAGGAGUCGAUGAAAUCGCUCAAGUACUGCCUUCAAUGGUUGCAGUACGCCACGGCGCACAUCGAGCACCAGAUCACCAUUCUCCGCGACCUCAUUGUCAAGCUCAACCACGGCGAACUCGACGUGUCUGGCACCGCUGUUCAGAACCUCGCCAACAUCAAGGGCGACGUCGUCAACACGAUUAGAGGUGUAGUGGAUGUCAUUGGCAAGUAUGCGGGAGGUGCGCUUCCCGAACCGGCACGAAACAGUGUCAAGGCCUUCAUCCUCAGCCUUCCAGCGCGAUGGGCCACGAUCAACCGCAGCUCAGCAGCGAGCUCGCCUUCGGGUUACUUUGGCAGCAGUCCCUCGUCGCCUUCCUUCUCCCCUGCGCAUAUCAGCGAAGGCCCUCAGUCGCCGACCCAUCUCAACGCACGCUACCGCGGCGGAGCAGGCAGUCCGCGCGAUCAGAUGCAAGCGGCAGCCACCGCCCAAGCUGCCAACCGCAUCCUGACACUUGCCAUUGAGUCGCUCGACAUCCUGCGCAGCGUGACGAUUGUGUUUGGCGAAUCGCUCGACCGCGCCGACCUGUGGGUGGAGCGUCUUCGCAUUCUCGGUUUGCAACGCAAGCGACAGCACGACGCCAAUGCGAGCGAACCGCAACAGAUCACUGCCGGACCGUCGUCGGUUCCGCACUGGGAGAGCGCGCGGGGCUCGUCGAUGCGUGGACGUGCCAACUCGCCCGGGGGCGAUAGCGAUGUCAGCAUGGACACGAGUGCCUCGACCAAGCGACGACGGACGCGACAGACACCUUCCGGGGGGUUCCACAUGUCCCGCACACCGUCGGCAUCCCAAGGCGACUCGGAGGACGAUGAGACCGAGACGGAGAAGACAAAGUCACCACCCACGGGUAGCAGUGCGACUUUCACGGCGCAUCAUCAUCUGCAUCACGGCAGCGCGAGACGCGCACCGGGCACAAGGAGUCGUGCUGGAACAGGAGGGAAACAUUACCCCAUGCACCCACCGACUCUGCCUAGCCCGCUCCAUGCCACGUUUGCUAAUGCGAACAAUGGCGACAAGCAGCCGUAG